AUGUCAAGUAGCGCACCGUACACCCCGGCCGAGCCCUUCGAAUUCCCCGCUCGCCACUCCUGGCCACCCUUCUUCUCUGCACAGCCCACGCUGCAGAGCCGCCAAGCACAACUAAGUCGCUGGUCGACCCUCAUCCAACGCUACUGCCGACAUUACCGCUUAUACAACCUCACGCUGGUCGAUGCUCUGGAUACGCCACUGUUCCACAAUGCUACGCUCAAGAAACGCUUAUCGCUCGCAGAUGCCAAGGCGAUCAUCGAGCACAUGGCCUCGGCCGCCGGCGACAACCGUGCUGAGUGGGUGUCGUCGGAGAAAUCAGCGGCGUGGAUCUGGUGGCGCAAGCCCGAGGAGUGGGCGGAUUUGAUUGCUGGUUGGGUGGAGGAGACGGGCCAGAAAGGGGUGGUACUAACGCUCUAUGAAUUGGUGGAAGGGGAAGCCACCAUGAACCAAGAAUUUUACGGCAUGGACACACGAAUACUGAGGAGGGCGUUGGACACGUUGGUCAAGAAGGGAAAAGCGCAGGUGUUUGGGACAGAGGAUCAGCAAGGCGUGAAGUUCUUCUGA